AUGGACACGGACGAAGAUGGAAGUGAGCUGGUCAGCGAAGAAGAAGCAGGAAAAGACAGAGACAAUGCGGACGUCACUGUUUCUCAAAAUGAAGAACUGACUAACGUUGACGAAAACGGAAGAAAGCUUUCGCCUUCUCACCUCAGCGAACAGAAAGAGAACGACAGAAACGCUGAACGACGAAUAGCAGAGCUUCAGCGAGAAAAUGCCCUUCUCAAAGACAAAGUAGUCGAACAACGUAGCGCUGAUGGCGCUAGGACGACGACCACCGUUCAGUACAUAAAGUACGUCUAUGCAUUUAUCGACUCCUGUUUCGAUUGUAAAUUUUGCAACAUACUCAGAAGUGCUGGUGCUACUCAGAAGAGAAAACGCUGGUUCAACAAAGAAAGCAUCCGGGAGUACAAAAUCGUGCAGCCGAAUCAGAACAAGGCGCAUCAGGCUGAAGAGGCACCGCAUUCGAGGAUAGACGGAGCCAUCAUGAUUAGCAUGCAAUGGAUGUAUGAUACUCCUGACUGCGCCAGCCAAUGCGGGUACCCAGUCAGCAAAUCGAAGUUCGCCUACUAG